GGUUGCAUCUCCUUUGUGUGCCCUGGGUGAUUCUGCGCUGUGUGUGUGUGUGUGUGUUUUUCAUACUCAUCUGGUUCAUCCUAGUGAGACAUGCCUCUUCUUUCAUAUAAUUGUGCAAUAUGACAGCUUAUCGCAAUGAUUGGUUCUCCUAUACCACAGAGCCUUAGAGAAGGAACGAGGUUCUCUUUCUGACGGAGGCAGAUCUUUUCUUGAUAUGGCUUCAGAAAUCACUUAUGCAGAAGUGAAGUUCAAGAAUGAAUCCAACUCCUUGCGCACCUACUCAGAAUCUCCUGCAGCUUCCAGAGAGAAACCUAUCCAUCAUCUAAGUAAGCCUGGUACCCUCAUGCUGCUUUUUAUAUCCCUGAUGAUACUUCUCCUGCUGCUGGCAAUCACAUUCUUAGUUGCUUUUAUCACUUAUUUUCAAAAGUACUCUCAAGUUCUUGAAGAGAAAAUAGCCAAAAAAAAUAUAAUUCCCAGUGAAUUGAACUGCGUGAAAGAUGUUUCAAUGAUGGAAGUCUGGAGCUGUUGCCCAAAGGAUUGGAAGCCUUUUGGUUCCUACUGCUACUUGAUUCCCACAGACACUUCAUCAGCAUCUUGGAACAUGAGUGAGGAGAAGUGCUCCGACAAGGGUGCUCAUCUGGUGGUGAUCCAUAGCAAGGAAGAGCAGGAUUUCAUCACUGGGACCCUGAGAAGAAAUGCUGCUUAUUUUAUUGGGUUGUGGGAUACAGGUCAUGGACAAUGGAGAUGGGUUGAUCAGACACCAUACAAUGAGAGUGCCACAUUCUGGCACCAAAAUGAGCCCAACAAUGAUGAUGAAAAAUGUGUUAUGAUAAAUUAUCGUUAUAAUAUUGGAUGGGGCUGGAAUGAUAUCCGCUGCAGCGACAAACAGAACUCAAUUUGUCAGAUGAAGAAAAUACACUUAUGAAUCCUACAUUCUCCAUGGGCAUUUGAUUUCAUUGUUAUCCACCAUUACAUGGACACCUGGGAAGUUCUACAAACAGAAGAGCUGUUCACAGAAUUUAGGUGGGCAGCUAAUGGCUAUGCAUAGGUCCUUGUGUAUUUAUCCACCUACUCUGUCAUAAAAUGAACUUCCAUUGAAAGUUUUCUAUGUGCCAAAGAGCAUACAGAGUCCCUUUUAGGCACACAUGCAGCUUUCUGCCAACUUCCCAAGGUUUCUUUUACUCAUGCCAUAGUAUGAUGUGUUCUUUUGAUUUGUGUUUCUGUUUUUAAUAUAUCAUUGGAUUUAUUGACAUUACAUUGAGAAGUAAAAUUAUAUAUAUUUAAA